AUGGAGUACUUAACUAAUGAAAAACUCCUUAAAUAAUAACAAUCAGCUCUAUUUUCCAUCAGCAAUUCUCGUUCUAAUAGUGUUUCGCGAUUUCCUAUUCCUAGUCAAAGAGCCGCUCCUGAUCCAGUUCAACCUCUGAGAUCUGCAGAUUUGUUUAAUAAAUUAGAAGACAUAUUGAAAUAAAAGUAGCUGAGUACUACAACAAGAAAGAGACAGAAGCAAAUAUCAUGUAUUUUAAAUUCGUAAGCUUGUCAUGAGGAUUAAAAAUAACAAAACAUAGAGUCUAGUUAUUAUAAAUCACCUAUUAGAUUACUUGAUGUACCUGUAAAUGGCUUCAUUGAUAAUAAUAUUGAAGUUAGAAAUAGGAGAUAAACUAUACUUAUUGGAUCACCUCCCUUUAACUAAUAAAAUUAAAGCAACAAAAAGAGAAAUACUAUUUAAAAUCAAUUCCAAGAAAAUUUAAAUUAAAAAAAAAAAGAGAGCCUCAAAAGGUUUGAAGUUGAGUUUAACAAUAUGCAAGAAAAAAUUAGAGGAAGAAAUAAUUCUGUUUUAUAUGAGGAAUAAGAUAUAAUAAAAAGAAAUUAAAUGAAAGAAAAAAAAGUAGAUUUGAAUAUCAGUACUUCUAAGGAAAACAAUACGACAUUAAAUAAGUUGAAUCAUCAAUUACAAAUACAAAAUAAUCAUUUGUAGGAAUAGUUAAUUUUUGAAUAAAAUUAAAAUACUAAAUUAAAUAUGCUCAUUAAUAACUUAAAUGACCAAAUUACAGGAUUACAUAAACAAAUGAUUUAAUAGCAAUAAUAGAAUAAUGAAGAUUGCAUCAGCAAAGAUAAUUUUAUUAAAUAAUUUCAUUCAAAAAUAGAUUUGUUAGAAAAUGAAAUUAAAUAAAAAGAUCAACAGAUUCAUAAUUUGCAAUAACAAAUCUCGGAAUUCAAUAAUGUCUAUAAAGAAAUGCAAGAAUUAGAGAAUCUAUGUUCUUCAAUGUCAUUCUUAGGCAAAUUGUGUAUUGGACAUAAUCAUUUGAUCCAAGAAAUCAAAGACUUAUUAUAAGUGUAGCAGAACAUCAUCGAAAAAAUAACCAAUAACAAAGAUUUUCCAAUCGAUUAAUUAAUUAUAUAAAAGAAAUAGAAAAAACAUAACUCGUAGACUUAAAUUGAUUAUUAACAAUUAUGUCAAGAGACCACGAGUGUCUUGGAGAAUAUCAUUAAAUAAAUCAAAAGUUCUAUCGAAUAAUUAACAGAAAGAUUUAUUCAUGACUUACUUAUUUGA